CAACAACAAGAAAGCCUCAAUCCCAAGCAGUUCUCAUAUUGACAUUUUCCACAAUUCUUUGAAAUUAACCAAUGAGAAUAUGACUUCUCUAUAGCUCAAAAGAAGAUAGUCAUACAAAAAAAAUGGGAUUUUCAAACAUGAUAGGGAAGUAUCAACUUGUAAGAACAAUUGGAGAAGGUACCUUUGCGAAGGUUAAACUCGCCAUUAACACUAUCAACGGCGAAAAAGUAGCUAUCAAGAUCAUUGACAAACACAUGAUCAAGCAAAACAAUCUCAUAUGCCAAGUGAAAAGAGAAAUAAGGACAAUGAAGCUUCUCAGUCACCCCAACAUUGUUCAAAUACACGAAGUAAUAGGGACAAAGACAAAAAUUUACAUCGUCAUGGAGUAUGUACCAGGAGGGCCACUAUCAGAUAAGAUGUCAUAUAUAAAGAGAUUAGAAGAAAAAGAGGCAAGAAAAUACUUUCAACAGUUAAUUGAUGCUGUUGGUCAUUGCCACAGAAAAGGGGUAUAUCACAGAGACAUAAAGCCACAAAACUUGCUUUUGGAUGGCAAGGGAAAUAUCAAAGUAUCAGAUUUCGGCCUCAGCACAUUGGCAAAGGCGAGUUCAUUGUUAUCCACCACAUGCGGAUCACCAAGCUACGUAUCACCAGAGCUGCUCAGUCAAAAGGGCUACGAGGGACGAGCUGCAGAUAUUUGGUCAUGUGGAGUAGUCCUUUUCGAGUUACUAGCUGGAUAUCUACCCUUUGAUGAUAGUAACUUGACAAACUUAUAUAGAAAGAUCUAUCGAGCUAAAUGCAUGUUUCCACGUUGGUUCACGGAAGACCAGAAAAAGCUAAUUUCCAGGAUACUAGACCCUAAUCCAAAAACGAGGAUAACAAUAGCAGAAAUUUUUGAAGAUGAAUGGUUUCAAAUGGAUUAUAAGCCAGUCGUGCGCGUAGAAUCCAAACAGCACACAUUGUGCAAGGAUGAUCGAUAUACAACAUUCAAUGUAAUUAAGGAAACUGAAGGAGGAUAUGACGUGGACGAAAGACCGAAUUUAAUAAAUGCCUUUAGGCUAAUAGCAAUGUCACACGACCUAGAUUUGUCGCGUCUCUUUGAAGAAGAGGACAUGGAAAAGGAGAAGAUAACACUUGGAUCUAAGCACACAAUCGAUGAAACCAUAGAGAAAAUAAAGGCUGCUGCAGAACAUGUGAGACUAUCAGCUGAAAGAAUAGACAAGUGCAAGCUACAAAUUCACCCUAGCAAGAUGAUUAAAGCUUCAAAUUCAUACAUUGACCUAACAGCCCAGGUAGUUGAGCUCGCGCCAAACCAUUGCGCCAUAGAAAUAACAAAGUCAGAAGGUGAACUGAGAUUAUACAAGCAGUUCUGCAAAAGCUUAUCAAGUAUGCUAACAAAGGAGGAAAGAUGCUAAAAGAACAUGUAAAAUGCAAAAUCUGGACGAAGACCAACAGCACUAGAACUAUUCAAGUAUGAUUGGAGUUCGUUAACUUGACCGUAAAAUGGUGCAGAAAGCUUAGCAUGCAAGGAACACUCAAGUGCCUGAAGAGCAUAUUUACCGUAAAAAAUAUCACACAAUUUCCCCGAGGAUAACAAGUUUGGAAGUUCAAUAUGGAAAGAAGAGCAGAGACCUGAGCUUCAGAGGUUACACACGGCUAGAAACUAGGGAGCAAAUGUGUAUCAU